AUGCAAAGAACAAGAAGAGCAGCUCCACAGCAUAUAUGUACCAGAAUAGCAACGCCAGAACAUCUAUGCACUGAACCAGAACAGCAACACCAGAACACCUAUGUACCAGAGCCAGAACAGCAACACCAGAACACCUAUGUACCAGAGCCAGAACAGCAACACCAGAACAUCUACGUACCAGAACAGCAACACCAGAACAUCUAUGUACCAGAACAGCAACACCAGAACACCUAUGUACCAGAACCAGAACAGCAACACCAGAACAUCUACGUACCAGAACAGCAACACCAGAACAUCUAUGUACCAGAUCCAGAACAGCAACUCCAGAACAUAUAUGCACCAGACCAGCAACUCCAGAACAUAUAUGCACAGAACCAGAAGAGGAACACCAGAACACCUAUCAACCAGAGCAGCAACAUCAGAACACCUAUGUACCAGAACAGCAGCACCAGAACACCUAUGUACCAAAAGAGCCACACCAGAACACCUAUGUACCAGAACAGCAACACCAGAACACCUAUGUACCAGAAGAGCCACACCAGAACAUAUAUGCACCAGAACAGCAACACCAGAACAUCUAUGUGCCAGAAGAGCAACAUCAGAACACGCGCAUGUCUGGUCUGUUUGAAAAACAAACUGAGACUGACUUGA